CGAAAGGGAAGAGACACUAACGCCAGAGAGACUCGCACGCCGUGCAAAAGCAAAUCGAGUUUAGUUUGCACGAUCAGCUGUUGUCAUAUGUUAACUGAAGUAAAAUCACUAGAGCAAGUCGAUGAUAAUGCCGAAAUUAAAAAACAUGAUUAAGCACAUAUCGGUAACGAUACCGAAUUACCAUAUUAUACAUAUUUACUCGCACUAAUCGUUAUGGGUCGUCAAAUUAUCAAAUAAUCUGCUCUUGUGAAAUAUUCAAACGAAUCUAUAAAAUAGACUGACCGGGUGACGCUUGCAAACAAAUGAGAUAAGAGAGCAGGUGAUCGGUGUCCGUUCCGAAGGUUAUACAUCAUAGUCGACGCAACGCAACGGAUAGUGCGAAUGCGGCUUGCAGUAUCGGCAUUAGCAUUUUCAAAUCGUAGCGCUCACCAACAAUCAAUCAGGAAUUAUCUAUUGAGUUACGUCACACCGCAGCUGAGGUAGUGGCGAUGUUGGUGACAAGCCAAAGCAUCGCAUAGGGUCAGUUGAACACAACAUGUAAAUACGAGUGUCGGCUGCGAUAAAGUUUUAGCGCAAACCAAAAACCAAUAGAAAAUAGCUUCGGUUAAAUUUGGCAGUACAAGUCUGUUGGCCACACGAGUACUGUUACAGUUAUUGUGUCUCGCUACUUCAAUAUUGACUAAAAAACCCUACAUCACACAACAGCUCACUGAUUAGUAACAAAUAUCGCCUGAUAGAAAAACACGCAGACGAAGCUAUGUUAGUAUUUCAUUGCUGCUAAAUGAGAAUCACUCACUCAGAACCACAGCUGGUAUCAGCGAGUUCGGACGCGCCGACAAAACACUUUCCAUCGCAGGCGUGAAGAAUUGUGCAGAAACUUUUACACUUGAUCAAUAGUUAUUCAUUAUAAAUAUCUAUCUUUGCUGAAAACUGCCGGAAUUUGUGUAAAAUUAUUCAGUAACAGUGUUGUGAAAAAAAAAUAUUUAAAAAGUGUGUAUAAAAUAUAAAUAUAUAUUUAAAUUAAUUUUUAAAAUUAUACGAAUAAAUUUCCCAACCUAUGCAAGCUGAUAAGUUUGGCUUGUUAUACAAUACCAACGAACGAUACAAAGUACAAAAAGGCUGUUUUCUAAAAUCAAUAUAUACCUAUAUAAUAUGUGCCUAUAAGUGAAACGAGAACAAGACACCAAAUGAUCAUAGCGUGGACUUCGCUUACUUAACUUCGAAGGAUUUGACACGAUAACACCAAACCACAAAAAUUAAUACACUGGCAAUAAAACGCACGCUCAAGCCAAGUGUGGAAAGACUUUAAUAAUUACUUAUAAUUUAUUGAAGCCAAAAUAUUGUUAGUAUUAGUAGUAUUGUAAGCAGAACACAACUUAGAAAAUGAAUCCCGAAUUAUCGAAGAUAGAUGGCAGUACUCUUGUGCUCUCACCACUCAUUACAAAAGCGCUGAAAAAGAAGCCGAUAAAACCACUGGGCGAACGCAAGAAAGCGGUGCGACGGCAGCAACUGAUGGUGUUGCUUGGUAAUACCUGUGUGGUGGCGUCGGGCAUGUCGGUCGCAUUGCCCUCCGUUUCAUUGAGUCAACUAACAAGUAAAGAUGACAUUUAUCAACUGACCACCGAGGAAAGUAGUUGGUUUGCAUCCAUCAAUAGUAUGGCCUGUCCGCUUGGCGGUUUGAUUGUUGGUUAUCUGAUGGAUCGGUUUGGGCGCAAGAACACAAUGCUGCUUACCAAUGUAGUUGGUAUAAUCGGUUCGGCCUUGUUAGCAACGGCAACCUACCAAACAUCCAGAGAUGCCCUCUUCGUCCAAAUGUUGAUUGGUCGUUUUGUGUCAGGUCUUAUGAUGGGCGCAGCGCUGUCGCCCAUUGGCUCUUACUCGGCGGAAAUCAGUUUGCCGCGCAUGCGUGGCCGUCUGAUUUUGGGCUCGUCCAUUGCCAUAGCUACGGGCAUAUUGCUGAUGUAUGUACUGGGUUUUCUUAUACGCAACCAUUUUCAAUUGAUUUGCCUCAUCUCAGCGAUUUAUCAAUGCAUUGCUUUUUGUUGUGUUUUACCAAUGCCGGAAUCGCCUAGUUGGCUGAUGCAGAAGGGACUUACGGAGAAGGCGCGCAAAUCGUUAAAGUAUUUCCGUGGUCUCUCCGAGAAUGACAAAACCACCUAUGACGAGUUCGAGAAGGAAUUGGCAAUGAUUAAAAAGAAUUCCGACCAGAGCCGAGAAGCUGCCGAGAGCGAAUCACUUUUGCAGGCCAUACGUUCGCCUGAAGUAUAUAAACCACUCACCAUGAUGAUAGGUUUCUUCUUCUUCCAACAAUUCUCGGGCAUUGUCAUUGUAAUUGUAUUCGCAGCACAAAUCGCAACCAGCGCCGGUGUCGCCGCAGAUCCUAUGCUCGUGGCCAUCUUCGUCGGUAUAGCACGCAUCAUCACUACCUUCUUCAUGGGCACGAUUUUCGAACAUUGGGGUCGUCGGCCGGCAGGGGUUCUCUCGGCGACUGGCAUGACAGUCUGCAUGUUACUGCUAGCGGCAAACGGAUGGUGGCCUGUCAUCGGCGAAUACUUGUCACUGCUGCCAAUUAUUUGUAUUGUGCUGCAUAUCAUAUUCUCCACACUGGGACUGCUGACGCUGCCAUUCUUGAUGAUCUCCGAAGUGUUUCCACAGCGUGUGCGAGGCAGCGCUAACGGUUUCACGUUGUUUGUUGGACUAACAUUCUCGUUUGCCGUUGUGAAAUUGUAUCCCAGCGUGGAAGUGCUGAUCGGUACACCUAACAGCUUUGCCGGCUUUGGUCUCAUCUCACUGCUCGGACUUGUGUUCAUCAUUUUCGUGGUGCCUGAGACGAAGGGCCGUACACUAUUGGAAAUUGAGAACUAUUUCCGCACCGGACGACGUGUAACGAAUGCGCAAGUGGCACGUCGCCAGUCGCAAAUCGCAAUGGAGGUUGCUGCGGGGGCCUAUAGCUCCCAGUAUGAGCUGGAUGAGGUCAUCAUGCGUCUGAGUAAACUGCACGAAGACUGUGAAGCAAAUGAAGCUGAUAAUUGAGCAUAAAAUAUUUUAGAUAUAUGUAAUGUAUUGUAGGUACAAAUUUAUGAUUUUUCUGGUCUAGAGAAUAAGUGUACUUAAUGUUAAUAUUAAAUGAAUUAUUCAACUGUGAUGCUUGCUCGAGCUUGCAACUAGACUUUGUAUGACAAAAAACGCUAGUUUACUGAGAAGUUAAUAAAACAACAAUUUAAAAGUCUACCGUCA